AAUUCCGGAAGUCUUGUUGUCGUAUGUCGACUAACAGUGGAUUCUAAACAGAAAGUAAGACGUAGGAACUGACAGAAAGGUCUGGAAAUUUGGAAAUAAUGUCUGUCUUGCUUGUUUAUUGAUUCUCCAACUAUUGAUUAGACUUCGUGUUCAUAAAAGUCCGGUUUUGUCUCAGGUAAAGGUCAGUUUGAGUAAGUCCGUAAGUUUAUAGGGCGGAGAGCAGUUCCCUGUGUAAGCUGUGACAUUCGUUUACUUCGUCAGACGUCAACUUUCUGCGAUCUGUAAUAUCGGGUCUACAAAACUCAACUCGACAGCUACAUUUUGUUAUGUUGUUUAAGAAGAGACAUGGAUCCAGACACUGAAGUCCAGAGGUAGGUGAAUUUUUAUUCGCUUCAUGUCAGCAUACGAGUUCGGCUGCCAUCUUUCCCUGUUGACUGUAAAUACGAGUUUGACACAUAUUGACAAGCAGAGCUACCAUACUAAUAUACACUCAUGUUGUCAUGCACCUUUUUAUGUUGUGUACUACAUACGCAGGUUCACUUAACACUGUGUGUAAUAUUUGAACAUUUGAGUUAUUUUCCGGGUAAAUUCAUUUGAAAGGUUUUAAAGUCACCUUUUUUGAUCCCUCAGCAUCCUCAGACAGGAGGGUGAGAAUCAUGCGGAAGAGAAGGAGAAGUGGAAGAGGCCUCCCUCCAGCUAUGGCUCCAUGAGGAGUGACAGUGAAGAUGAGGAGGAAGAGGAGGAGGAGGAGAUGAUGACAGAGAGAGGAUAUGCAGAAGGGAAUGUCAACGAGGCCUUUCCUUCAGCCUGUCCGGUGCCACCAGCUGAUCUGCCUUCUAAUGAAGGACCAGGGUACUGUCUCCUGAUGAAAUAGUGAAGCAUGAUCACAUGUGUUUCUUGGCCAUUUUGUACCCAACAUUAUUGCCCUGAGAGCUUAUUGUCUGGCAUUUAGAGUUAAAGUUUGCUUCAAUGACCAAGACAUUACUUACAGGAGGUAAACCAAACCUUACCUGGUAAGGGAGAGUGGGGUAAGAUGAGCCAUUUUUCAUAUUUCGGAUCACUGCAUCAAGACAAUUAUAGUUUUGUCUCCAACUAAUGUAUCUACAUAUAUUUCAAGAUGUUGUGCAUCCCUGCAAACAAACAGAAUGAGUGUAAACAUAACUGUCUUGAUAAUAUAGCAUGACAAAAAAAGUGGUCUCCUAUGGUCAACUUAGGAGACCACUAUGGGGUAAGUUGACCAUAGGAGUGGAGUCAUGAUCAAUUUCUUUUACUAUUUUCAAGCAACAGGGGGUGGCUCAACUUACCCCACUCUCCCCUAUUGCGCUUACAGCUUACUGUCUGACAUUUAAAGUUUAAUUUUGCUUCAGUGACCAAGACAUUACUUACAGGAGGUAAACCAAACCUCACCUGGUUUAUGUUGUCACAUUUUCUUGCCAGGUUUCGGUUGAAUCGCUCAGAUUCCCCAGAGACCCUCUACACCAUGACCACAAUGCAGAGCAAACCACCAGGAGCUGUUGUCAUUGCCUCCAGGUUUGAAAACACAAAUGCAUGAAUCAUUUUAUUUAUCUGGACAAGAAGGAACAGCUGUGGGAACUACCCACCACUGCAACCCACUUUCUGAUGGUAUUGUGGACUUCCUGUCGUCUUGCAGGUCUUCUGAUAUUGAAGCUGACUCUGAUUUAGAGGAAGACGAGGAUGCAGAUGAACUUCUGGUGACUAAUUCCCCAGAACCACCAGAGCCUGUUGAAUUCAAUGAAACUAUGCAGAUGGAUGAACAUGGUCAGCCGGGCAUACUCCACCCAGAGCAAGACCUGCCCCACAUAUUCAAGGUUGGUGCAACUGUUUUGAUCUGAUUUGAUUCAUGACUAUCAGAAUUUUCUUUACAUCAUGGUGCAUUUUCCAAAGCAAAAAUUUUCCCUAUUCUCCAUCAUAUCAUGACCCAAAGGGUGCCUUUAUCAUUUCUGCACAAAAAUGUAUUGACUCUGGUGUGUUUUAUAUCUGCAGAGUAUCCAGGACACGGUGUCUGCCCUCGCCAAAGAAGAGCUUUUUAAAUUUAAAAUGUGGUUUUACCAAUGGGAAUCAAACAUAACCCUGCCCCAUGUGAUGGACGGAGACAUUCUGGAUUUUGUGGACAAGAUUAUAGAGAUCCUCGGUGAGAAAACACAACAACACAUUUAUAGAGUAUACAUUGUGUAUUUGGUCUACAAUUAGAGCUCAACACAUGGAGGAAACAAAUGUUGACUUUUGGGUUGGUUUAUCUGAAGUGUGUAGUAUAUGCUGACACAAAUUUAUUAAAAAUCCUGUUUUGCAGGAAUGGAUCGCUCACUGUUUCACACAUUAACUACCCUUGAAAGCAUUGGUAAGAAAGAGGUGGCAGAGGAGCUGAGAAUAAAGUGCAAAAGAGGCAAGUAAACACUGGUUUAUCAAAACAUAGGUGACAUUUGUUUAAAAAAAAGUUCAGUGAAAUCCAAAUUGACGUAAACUAUACUUACCAUACCUAUAAUUUUUCACAAAAGACUGCUUUAUAACUAAGCUACAGUGGAACAAAAUGCUUUUAAGUGCUAGUUUUGAGGUGAAGAUUAAAAUGGGCUUCAAGUAAGUCUAAACACUUUGCAGAAAUGAUCAUGAAUUGGAUUGAGAAGAAAGGCAAAUGACCUCGUCAUAUCAACUAGUCAAUAUAUCUUUCAUCCUUUUCCCCCACUACCAGCGUUGUUUCGCGCUCAUCUGAAGCAGUAUUUGACCCGGAAGUACCACGUCAUUCGUGAGGGGGUUGUUCGAGCUGGACGGCAGAAUCUUCUGAAUACCGUCUAUGUUGAGCCUGAGAUGUUCACCUGUGGUUACGGAAGAAUGGACCCUUCCCAUGAACAAAGACCUGUCACCGUAAAUAAUCUGUAUCGACUACAGAAAGCAGACGGCACGCCAGCGAGGACAGUGGUGACUACGGGUAUCCCAGGAAUCGGCAUGUCGGUUUCUGUGGGGAAAUUUUGCUUGGAUUGGGCCGAAAUGCGCGCAAACAAAGUGAUUUCCCAGUUAAACUGUCAUUUCAAACUCUUAUUAACCUAAUAUGCUCUACCUGUCCUGCUUCAAAUGACCCCAUCCUGUCUUUUUUUAGGACCUGCAGUUUAUCGUCAAACUUUCAUUCCGAUCUUUAUGGAUUCUGCGAAACAAAAACCCUCCACAGGAAAUGUCCAUCAAAGAAAUGGUAGAGUACUACCAUCCUGAGUGCAAAGACUUUCUAUACCUCGAGGAUGAGAGCUGCAAAUUCGCUGUCAUAAUGGAUUCAUUUGACUGUUACCAAGCUUCUCUGGACUGGGAGGUAUCCCACUGGCACACAUGUUCACACACACCUGUAGUGAGCCACUCUGAAUUUUAUAUUUAACCCUGAAUAUAAAGUUAGAAAUCUCCUCAUUCUGUAGGUGUGGUUAAGUUAACUCACAAAUUGAAGAACUGACCGUUAACAAAAUGAGAUAACAUCAUGUUCAACAAGUAAAAGAAACAUUUUCACAUUGGUAGGGUUGUUGUAAAGUUGUAUUUUUAUGUCUGUGUUUUCUCUCCAGAAUGCUCGUGUGAUAAACGACAACCACACCAAGGCGCACCCCGAUACCUUGAUCGUAAAUAUCAUCAGAGGAAACGUGCUCCCUGGUGCUUGGGUCUGGAUCUUGGGAAGAUCCGCAGCCGUCUCACAAAUACCAUCCAACUUCAUAGAUGUUGUCACAGAAAUUCAGGGGUUCAGGUGUGUGAGGAGAAAUACUGUCUGACUGUUGCAUCCCAUUGUCGUUUUUCUUGUAGUUCUUGUCCACCAAAUCUCACUGUACUAACAGCUAUUUAUAACCAAUGAAAUCAAUCCACUGCAUCAGUUUCAGUCGUAGUUUUGGGCUAAUCCUCUUGUUGUCGUUCUCUCUUUUCAUCAGUGAUGAAAAUAAAGAUGUCUACCUGAGGAAGCGCUUUAACAAUCGUCUAGCAGCGCAAAUUGUGGCACACUACAAGCAACUACCAACACUCAGGGCGCUCGCUUACCAGCCCUUUGUCUGCUGGAUGUUGGCCACUGUGUUUGAGCGCUGCUUCCAGUUACAGGGCUAUGGGGAGCAUCCGCCCAGACUGACAGUUUUCUACACCAGCAUUGUGAUCGUCCAGACCAACCGGAAGCUGCAGUUCUACCAGGGGAAGGCAGAAAACGAACUGGUAAUGAGCCCUGGUCUGGUUUUUCUCGUUGUUUUGGGUUGUCUUGUUGUUGUUGUUGUUGUUAGAGUGAGUUCAUUUGCUCGUAUUGUUCUCAAGUUUUCCCAACUUUAAUCACCCUGCAUUUACUCUAAAAAGAUUCAGGUUUGGUAAUUUGGAGGAUAUAAGAUCAUGGGCAACCAUUUAUCUAAUGCAUUUUGAUACAAAUGACCAAACAGUUAUUUCUUCAGAAGCUUCAGUAUUUCUUGGGACAUUCAUGAUUUUUGCUCCUCUUCUAAAUUCAAGAGUUUGCAUGUCAAGAAAAUCUGACUGAAAGAACAACUCUCCUAAUUGUAAAUCUGAUCACCGUUUAGAAAUGGUCGAGUGACGACAGAAACCAGUUGUCAAAUAUUGGAAAGAUGGCCUUCAAGAUGCUAGAGAGGAGAACCACCGAAUUCUCAGAGGAGGAUGUGAAGGAGUGCGGCCUGAAGUUGACCGAGGUGACGGUGUUUUCUGGCCUGUGCACUGAACUCCCCACUGCAGCCUCAGAUGGGAGGAGGAGGUUUUGCUUUGUACACCCCACUAUACAGGUAAGGUGCAUUUCCUGAUGAAAAGAUGCAGGACAGCGAGAAGCGUGAGCAUAUGUAGGGACAUAGAGUCGUUCUGUUUAUUUUAGGAUCACAGUUGCAGAAGGGACAGGAUUUGUUUCAAAAUAAUGAUAGUGAUAAUGUUAUCGUAGUCUUUCUCUUUUUGCUGCGUUUGAUCUUUUUAAAAGGAAAAAGCAUCUUUAAAAGUGAAAAUGAAAAUCCCUCCAACUGGAACGGACUUUGAGCAUUAUUUUCUUUGGAUAUACCUGUCAAAAAAAGUGCACUGCUACGCUCCAUAAGAGUGAACUGGAAAUCAAACCGUACUUAAAAGAUGCAUUUCUUUGUCAAAGUGAAAAUUUGUGCAAGGUGAGGUUUCCAAAGAAUCACUCAGAAAUCUCCUUUAGUGUUUAGGCUUGAGUGAAAUUUGAGUAACUUGCCUGUUCCAGAUCCUUCAUCUCCCUGUGAUGAGCAAGCUGGUUAUAGCAAACUAGCCUGCUAGUGCCUCAAUAUUAAAUCAAAGCUGGUGCUACUUUUGUAGGUUUAUCUUGAAAGGUUGCUUCUAACACUGUUUUAUAUAUAAUCUCAUAUUUAUUUCUGUGCAGUUCAGGAAAAAAAAAAAGGAACUUGCUCGACACUCAUGCGGGAAAUAGUUCAGGGAGGAGGAGAAAUCAAGUAGCCAGAGCACAGCUCCCAUGUGACAUCACAGUAAAGGUCCUUUCACACUGGGACCAUACUUACUAAGUCACAAAAUCGCAUCAGGCUUGAUGUGUAUAGUUAGGCGGGUCAAAAUUCACCUAUGAAUGUUUCUUCAGAUAUUCCCUCCCACCCAGAAUCCAAACACAUUCCCUUGCAUCUUUGAGCUUUUUUUUUUUAAGUAUAUUUUCGGGUAUUUUUGCCGCUCUUACAUAAUACAGCUAAAAUAUAGGGAGCUAAAAGGGCAAGGUAAGACAAGCAGCCAACAGGUCAUGACCAGAAAUUAAAUCAGUGGCCACUGUAUCAAGCCAAAUAGCUUCUAGACAUUGGGUGCCAGACGUUAGGCCAUCGGUGCACCAGAUUUAUUGAUUUAAUUAAGUUACAGUCUCUCAGUGUCAGAUUUUUUUUGAUGAAUGUUUGAAUACAAUUAGAAGUGUAUAUACAUUUUUAGCUCUAAACGAUAUUUAUUUUGAUAUAAAAACACUACAUUUCUGUCAAACAGGAUUAGAACUUUGAAGUGCUUGCAAAGAUCUACCUAACAGAGACAUGACCCUCUGCAACAAAGAGACCCAAAAGCAAGGAUUAAAAAAGAACAAAAAAAAAAACGUGUCUUUUCUUCUCUAGGACUUCAUGGCUGCCCUUUACGUCUUCAUGAUGUUUCGCACAGAGUCGAAGAAUGUCCUGGAUUCCAGAGCGUCAAAGAUCUUUGCAUCCAAGGAUCAGACCAAAUCAGCAGUAGGCCUGGUCCAGUGUGCCCUGGCGCGAACCUCCAACUCUACAGCUGGCCAGUAUGACAUGUUCCUGCGCUUUCUGUGCGGGAUACUUUCCCCGACCUGCCAUGACAAUCAGCUGAGCCGGUAUCUCUUUUGCCACAACACGCCUAAGCUUAGAGUGGAUGAAGUGCAGCGGCUGCUGGAACAGGAGAUACGGACUGCUUUGGGAAGUGAUCAGGAUCAGGAUCGAGCGGAGAACUUAAGAGAGUGCCUUAGAGAAUUAACCCAGGAAGAUGAAUGAGUUCAGGACUGAAGUCUCUCAUGAGGGUAUGAUGGAUAGAAGAACUGACAACAUUCAACAGAACUUAACAAAAUUCGUGCUUUUUUGUGACUCAGUUUUGCACCAUAGACGUAAUAAGUCGUUUUUCUAUUCAAGCUGGUCCAGAUAAGUUUACGCAAUCUUGCCUAAUGAUGGUCAUAUCUUUCUCCUAAUGGAUUUUGCUGCCUUUUUUUUUUCAUUUUUCAUCACCUUGUUUGUUUCUCUUUGCAUCAAAUGCUUCAGUCAAGAAAAUAUGUUAUCUGAUUGUAUCCAUUCAGAGGAAACUCUCUGCACUCAAAGUUUACAAAGAAUUAUUAGACAUAAAGUCAUGUUUAUUCGUUUUUAUUAUCUUGUGACUUUACAUAAAGAGCAGGUGUAGGUGCUAUUUCAAGGUCCAGCAUUAACCAUGUAUCUGCAGGCACUUUUUAGACAGAGGUGAGGGAAGUCUUUUUCAUUGGGCAAAAACAAAUGCCACCUGCUGUGGCUGGAUGAGCCAAAACUGGAGGACAUGGAGAGUUGAACACAGUCAGACAGAGCAAAGCUUAAAUGAUUUUCUUUAUGUAAACAGAAAAUUACAAUGAGCCAUGUACUUAUGUGGAAAAAAUGACACAUUUUGAUGUGCCUAAGAAAAAAGUUUGAUUAACUUUUAAAAGCAAUAGCCAUUUCAUGAUAAGUGAUGAUGUGUUCAAUAAAAAUGAAAAUUGCAGUGAUUUGGGAAACAUGAACAGAUGUCAAAUGUUGAAACAGGGAAAUUAUUCUUCUUUCAGUCAAUUUCAUGCGAGUAACACUCCUAAAAAGUUUGGACGGGGGUAUGCUCACUCCUCUGAUUUAUACUAAGUGCAGGUAGGUGUGUCUGGUACUGUGUGUUUGACCCUAACUUAAUUUUACGCCGGAAUAUCCCUUCCAUGCAGAGUUGCCCGAGGGCCUGGAGAUCAUGACUGACAAUGUUGGUUUUCAGUCUUGUCCCUUUUGUAAAAGAAGAUUCCCCAACUUUUAAUCCUAUUAUGUGCAGCAGACCAUGAAUUCCUUAGACUCUUAGGAAGUUCAUGCUGACAACCAUUACUCUCAUACUAAUGUAGUAAUAGCCACCACAGUCUUUUGUUAGAGAACGGCAAACCCCUCUUCGUCUGCGCACUAAAAUGACUCAAGCUUACUGGGAUGCUUGUUUUACACCCAGUCAUGUCUCCACAUGCUGCGAUCAACCUUAUGAAACACACUUUUCAGACACUUUGCCGGCAUGAAAUAAAAAUGGGCAUAAAAUAAGGACCUGGAAAAAACUGAAAGUUAAUGCAGUGUGAGCACAAACCAAAGUAGUAUUUUCUCCUUCCAUUUUUCUGGCUGACAUUUGACAUCUUUACAGAUGCUAAGAAAUGAAUGUGGUGUCAAAAAGUGAUCAACAUAUCUAGAUACAAAACUAAAAACUGAAAAUUAAUACCCAGAGAAGCAAUGUAAGUCGUCACACUCUAAUGAUUUUGGCAGGGCAAAGUGAAACUCAGCCUUCAGAGUGCAUCUCUUUAUAAGGGUGUUUACCUGCUCCACCCUUUACUAGAGAACACACCCACCCAUUAAUUUAAUACUGACUUUUAACCAUGUCCAACAUUGUGAUUCAUCCUUUAAUAACAAUGUCAAAGUGUGACGAUAUAAACCUGACUCAAGAUCAGAGUCAUAUAGUGUUUGAAAUUCAAGUCUGUUUAUAGACACAGACCUCACCACAAAGUCAGCAUUGAACUCUUUUUCAUUAAACAAAACUAACUCAAACAGACAUGAAUAAAUGCUGCACGCAACAAAAGGAGAGACUUUAGAUAUUUUCAUAAACAGAUUUUAAUGCCAGACAUGUUUGUGAUUCCAACAAAGAAUGAGGAGGAAAAGCUAAUGCAGAUAACUAUGAUGGUUGCGGGGGAAAAAAACGUAUUUUGUAUUCGCAGUUUGAGUGAUACAGAGCCAGUGCCAUGAAAAUAUAGUUUCCCUAUCACAUUAACAGACUGUUGAAAAUGUUAAAAACUACCGGACAGUUCUGACACAGGCUCACAUAUGUGAGAGGGUACAGUGGAAAUAUAUAAACACCACACAUUGCACCUGUAUAAAAGAGGCUGAUAAGGGGGCAAAUAAACACUGUGUGAACAUAAGGGAGGAUCCAAUGUUGAUUCUGUGACUUAAAAUCACAUUGUUACUGAUUAACUCUGCUGUUUGUAUCUUACUAUUUCAGGUGGAAAAAAAUCCAAGAGUGUAUUGGAAAGAAAAAAAAAAUUCCAUAAAGUAUACACUUAGUAAGGUAAGUAAACAUCCUACUCUUCAGUCAAAAUAAAGUUCUUCAAGAAAAA